AUGGAGGAGGGAAUGAACGCUCUGCAUGACUUUGGGAUCCAGUCAACUCACUACCUCCAGGUGAACUACCGAGACUCCCAGGACUGGUUUAUCUUGGUGUCCAUAUUUGCAGACCUCAGGAAUGCCUUCUAUGUCCUCUUCCCCAUCUGGUUUCAUCUUCGAGAAGCUGUGGGCAUCAAACUCCUCUGGGUAGCUGUGAUUGGAGACUGGCUUAACCUCGUCUUUAAGUGGAUUCUCUUUGGGCAGCGCCCAUACUGGUGGGUCCUGGACACCGACUACUACAGCAACACCUCUGUGCCACUCAUAAAGCAGUUCCCCGUCACCUGUGAGACUGGCCCAGGGAGUCCCUCUGGCCAUGCCAUGGGUACAGCAGGUGUAUACUACGUGAUGGUCACAUCCACCCUCUCUAUCUUUCGGGGAAAGAAAAAGCCAACCUACAGAUUUCGGUGCUUGAACGUCACUUUAUGGCUGGGAUUCUGGGCUGUGCAGCUGAAUGUCUGUCUGUCACGAAUCUACCUGGCUGCUCAUUUUCCCCACCAGGUGGUGGCUGGAGUCUUUUCAGGCAUCGCUGUCGCUGAGACUUUCCGUCACAUCCGGAGCAUCUACAAUGCCAGUCUCCAGAAAUACAUUCUCAUCACCUUCUUCCUGUUCAGCUCUGCCAUUGGAUUUUACCUGCUGCUAAAGGGGCUGGGCGUAGACCUCCUGUGGACUCUAGAGAAAGCCAAGAGAUGGUGCGAGCGGCCCGAGUGGGUCCACAUUGACACCACACCCUUUGCCAGCCUCCUCAAAAACUUGGGGACCCUCUUUGGCCUGGGGCUGGCUCUCAACUCCAGCAUGUACAGGGAGAGCUGCAAAGGCAAACUCAGCAAGUGGCCCCCGUUCCGCCUCAGCUGCAUUGUGGUCUCCCUCGUCCUCCUGCACCUCUUUGACUCUUUGAAACCCCCAUCCCGAAUCGAGCUGAUCUUCUAUGUCCUGUCCUUCUGCAAGAGUGCGGCAGUGCCCCUGGCAUCAGUCAGUCUCAUCCCCUACUGCCUCUCCCGGGUCCUGGGCCAGCCACACAAGAAGUCUUUGUAA